UCAUUGUCGAGAUCUGGUUAAGGAAAGGAAAUUUUGUCACCUCUAUUGUUGUUUGGAUCGUUUUUUUGAUCUUUUUUAUUCUUGUUAUUUUAAUUACAUCUCACAUUAUGUUCUGAGUGUUUUUUAAUUGUGUGUCUCUCUUUCUCACUCACACUAAUUUUCUAUAUUCAAACUAUUCUCUCUCUCUCUUUUUCUCUUUUUCUCUUUAAUCUCUUUGGGUUUAUAAAAUCAUUUUUAUUCUCUUCUCACAUUCUGAUGAGAAUAGAAUUUUUUUUUCUUCUAUUCUCUUCAUCUCUUCUAACAGAAAGUGUUUUUAUUUUCUCGUCGCCACCAAAAUCUUUUAAUCAUCAAUGUGAUACCUAAAUUAUGUUUUAAUUUAAUUUCUCUUCUUUUCUAAAUCAACACUUAUUGGAAAUUCUAUUCUUCAUUUUGUUUUUUCCAUAUUCAAACUUCCUCUGGUCUCUCUCUCUCUCCUCUUGUAUUUCAUUUUCGCUUCUAUCAUUCACAAUUUUUUGGCUCUUCUUUUUGGGAUUUUACAAAAUUCUGGAUUCUUAAUUUAUAUUUAAAACCAUUUAGUGAAUUAUUAUAUUAGUCAUUUUGGAUACAUGUCAUCAACAACCAAUUUCGUUCAAUCCGAAUUUCGGUAUGACGAAGGUAAAAGUCCUUUGGCACUUUUAGCAGAAACUUGUCGAAACAUUGGUGUGGAUACAACUACAAGUAAAUUGGCCAAAUCGUCUAUUGACCAUGUUAAAUCGUCAAAUAAUUCAUCCUCAUCUUCAUCAUCCCUAUCUUCUUCUUCAUCUUCUUCAAUUGAAUCUUCUUCACGUAAAAACAAUGAUUCUUGUCGUUUAUCUGUAUCACCUUUGCGAAAUGCAACCCCUGUUACACCAACAAGUCGAACCAGUGCCAAUUCAGUGACCGGAUCAAACACCACCACCACCAACAACAACAACACCAUCAAUAGUAAUAAUAAUUCAGUACACAAUGUUAAUAUUAACGUUUCUACAGCAUCAAAUCAUUCAUCAUCUUCAUCUACUGGCAGUUACAUUGGGAAUAAUGUAACAACCAUUAGUAAUAGUGAGUCAAAUGGAUGCUCAUUUAAGCCAUAUGAAGAUCAUAUUAUCAGUAAAAAAAAGUGUCCUGAUGAAACAAGAAUCCGCUCAACAUCAUCGGUACACGAUAGUGAUAACAAAAAUCGAGUACAUAAUAAUAAUAAUAGUAAACAUUAUAUCAAUAAUAAUAAUAAUAGUGAAAGUGUUUCUAAAACCUAUGAAUCAAAUUGUUUAAACAAACGGGAGAAUGUAAAAAGUUCAUCUUCAUCAAAUGUGUCUAAUAUCAUUUCACCAUCCUCUUCAUCAUCAUCAACCACAUCAUCGACAUCAUCUACAAACUGUACAUCUUCAAAUACAACUUCAACUUCAACUGCUCAUGUUAAUCGUUCAUCGCCAUCAAAAGGCUCCAAUUGCAAUGGUUGUUUACCUCCCCAUCAACAAUCAUCGACACCGCACUCAUUAACUGUAGAUAAUGUCUCGAAAUAUGUACCAUACCCUUCGCUCUCACCAUAUCUUGGCCUUCCACCACCACCGCCAACUGGUUAUGAUCCAGCUUCAGUGGCCGCUGUUGCUGCCGCAGUUGCUGGACACUGUCAUUCGCCAAGUAUGUGCCGAGACCCUUUUUGUGCUGGAUGUCGGUUUAAUGCAGCCGCCAAUGUGUUAGGUCAUCAUCAGGUAUCAGCUUGUCCAGCCGGAUGUACCCAAUGUUCACAUGUUACAUCUCAAAUGACAACAUCAAUGAGCCAUCAAAUAGCCGCUCUUCAAGCAAACGGCUACUUACCUGGUAAUGCAUUCUACCCACCUCCUCCCCAUCAUCAACAUCAACAACACCAACACCAUCAACAUCAUCACCCUGGAAAUCCACCUACAUCAUCAGCCAAUUCACCACAUGCAACAUCAGCCGCUGCUGCUGCCGCCGCUGCUUCAAAUGCUAACGGUAAACCCAAUAUUUGCAGUUGGAUGAUAGGUAAUACCUAUUGUGGUAAAAGGUUUACCUCUUCAGAAGAGUUACAUCAACACCUUCGCAAUCACACCUCCUCUGAUCCAACCUCCGUUUCAGCGCUUGCCUUUCUCGGUCAAUAUCCGCAUCUUGAUCCCAUGUUAACCAGUCCAAUUGCUGGUUUAAGGCGAACUGCUUUCGAUCCAGUUAAUCGUUAUCAUCCGUACAAAUCUUUAACCAACAAUGGAUCUCCAUUGAGCACCUUAACUAAUGGUUUAACUGGACCGAUGCACAAACCACCCCCUGGAUCCCAAUUAAAUAUGCAUUAUCCCCCUUAUGGACCAUAUACCGGACGCCUUGGUCCACCCAUACUGCCUUGAGAAACAAUUAAAGCUUAAAUGUAUUUGAAAUUCUGGUGAUUAUCAAAUUAAGGGAAAAGGUUUAAUCAUCAGCACAAUCCACUGAUCACCAACUAAGCCACUGCUACAAUCACCACCUUCUCAACCAAAUAUAUAAUGUAAAUUAAUGCAAGAAAUUAAGACAAUUAAGAGAAACAAAUAUUAAGAUCAACUUUAAAUUACAUUAUGAUAAAUUGAUAGUAAUUGAUAUGUUUCAAAGCUUUACUAUUAAAAAGGGAAGGCGGUAAAAAAUAUAAGCUAAUUUA